GUGUUGGUGUGGCAUAAUAUUUGUCAAUUCAUUCUUGUCGUUGGUCUUUUCUUUCGCGCAUUCUUGGUUAUUCUUAUGUAUUGAACUGCAAUGACCGAUUCGAUAUCUUAAUCAAUACUCAAUUCCUCAACUCAACUCGCGACCACAACCACCUAUACCACCCACACCACCCAACCCAACCUACACCAUCAAUACCUCAAACGAUGGACGCACAAGCCUACCUCCUCCGCCAUGGCUGGGCUGGCCCCGGAAACCCCCUAAACCCCUCCCGCCGCCUCGGCCCCCACGCCGGCUUGGGCCUUAGCAAACCGAUCCUCGUCGCGCGCCGUUCAGGCAACGAAGGCGUGGGCAAGAAAACAACCAAAGACCCGACGAAUCAAUGGUGGCUGCGCGGGUUCGAGGAUGCGCUUAAGGGUGUGGGACAGGAGGAUGGGGUUGGGGAUGGGGGGAGGAAGCCGAAUGCGUUGACGAGUGAGUUGUAUCGGUUUUUUGUGAGGGGGGAGGGGAUGGCGGGGACUAUUGGGGGGAGUAAGGAGGAGGUGAAUGGGAAGGGGGAGAAGAAGGAAAAGAGGAAGAGGGGGGAUGAUGAUGACAAUGAGAAGAAGGCAUCGCGGACGGAAGAGAAGAGCAAGAAGCGAAAGACGGAUGAGUCUUCGGAACGCAAAGAGAGCAAGGAAGAGCGGCGACGGAGGAAGGAGGAGAAAAAACUGAAGAAGGAAGCGAAGGAGAAUAAGAAGGCCGAGAAAGCGGCUGCUAAGGAAGAGAAGAAGGCGAAGAAAGCGAAGAAAUCGAAGCAAGAAUCAAACCCCGAAGACGACUAUCCCACACCCACAUCAACCGAAGAUUCCAGCGGCCAAGAUGAGUCAGUUGAACUGGAAGAACCUUCGAAAAAGGAGAAAAGUGAUAAGAAGGAUAAAAAGGAAAAAAAGGACAAGAGUAAGAAAUCAAAGCCCGAGUUGACGACAUCCGACGAAAACGCAACGCACAAGUCGAAAAAGGGGAAAAAGGAAAAGAAGGAGAAGAAGGAGAAGAAAAAGUCUGCUAAAGAAUGAAUUUCUUGCCAUUAUAGACCUUCAUAGAUACCCAUUCGGCGCUGUAUAGAAGUUUCAAGCCGGUCAUUGUAUCCUCAUCGCAUUCCAACAUCAAAAGCAUGCAUUAAUCAUGACACAUCAAACAUCAGCCUCUUCUGGCAGUUU